UUUUUCUAGUUAUUCUUCAGUGUUUCAUUUGUUCACGUUUCUGGAUUUUUAGUGAUUUCUGAUUUAUAGCAAAUAAUAAUAAUAUAGAUUCUUAUAUUAUAUUUAAAGCACGAUGGGAGGCCAUCACGAACAUGAAAUUCAGAUACCGGAUUACAGAAUUUAUAAAGUUGAUGAUGUACCUGAACUUGUGAAGGUGAAGAAUAUUUUAGCUACUGAAGGACUCAAAGAUCCAUGGUUGAGGAAUGAAGUUUGGAGAUAUCCCCCAAGUACUAGAAAUCGUUAUCAACAAUAUUUCCAAUGUUGGUUCCGUGGUAAACGUGGGCUUACAAUUGCCUUUGGAUUAGCAGGCUCUUUUAUUGCUGCGGAAAAGAUCUAUGAACAUUUUUAUCCACCAGUGCAUCAUCAUAGAAAGCCUUACUUUCCAUCAUCCAGUGUUUAAUUUAAGAUAAUAGUACUAAAAUCCAAGGACUUGAUUGACAUGUCCAGAGAAAUAAUUAAAAUGUAUUAAAUUGCAAUGAUAUGAUUUUUAGUUUUAGUAUAAUUUGUUUGUAUUACAAAAAAAAUCAUUUAUAAAAUUAUUUUAUACUAACUGCAAGGAUAAAUUUAUCAUGUUUAACUAAUAUGUGAACAGCAUAAACUUUGAGUUGCAACUAUAUUAUUUGAAAAAUGGUAGUAAUAAAAAAAAAAAUGACAGCACA